GCUCCCUGGACCGGAAGUGAGUCGAACAGUCGCAGGGUGUGCCUGGCUCUACUCAACGCCCGGCAGGUCUUCCCCUCGCCGCCGCCCUCGGCCACUGCCGAGGCUUCCCGCAACCGCCAUGUCCGCCAGUGCCGUCUACGUGUUGGACUUGAAGGGCAAGGUGCUCAUCUGCCGGAACUAUCGCGGUGAUGUGGACAUGUCGGAAGUGGAGCACUUCAUGCCCAUCCUGAUGGAGAAGGAGGAGGAGGGGAUGCUGUCGCCCAUCCUGGCCCAUGGGGGUGUCCGCUUCAUGUGGAUCAAGCACAACAACCUGUAUUUGGUCGCCACUUCCAAGAAGAAUGCGUGCGUGUCACUGGUAUUCUCUUUCCUCUAUAAGGUGGUGCAGGGCGUGAAAGGCAAAUGGAUUUGUGCAGGCCUUUCUCCCUUCCUCAUCCUUCCCUCACCCAUCGGCCUGCCCCCACUGCCAACAUCACAGGUGUUUUCAGAGUACUUCAAGGAGCUGGAGGAGGAGAGCAUCCGCGACAACUUUGUCAUCAUCUACGAGCUGCUGGAUGAGCUCAUGGACUUUGGCUACCCCCAGACCACAGACAGCAAGAUCCUACAGGAGUACAUCACUCAGGAAGGCCACAAGCUGGAAACGGGGGCCCCGCGGCCCCCAGCCACUGUCACCAACGCAGUGUCCUGGCGGUCUGAGGGCAUCAAGUACCGGAAGAACGAGGUGUUCUUGGACGUCAUCGAAUCUGUCAACCUCUUGGUCAGUGCCAACGGCAACGUCCUGCGCAGCGAGAUCGUGGGUUCCAUCAAGAUGCGGGUCUUCCUCUCAGGCAUGCCCGAGCUGCGCCUGGGCCUCAACGACAAGGUCCUCUUCGACAACACGGGCCGUGGCAAAAGCAAGUCAGUGGAGCUGGAGGACGUGAAGUUCCACCAGUGCGUGCGGCUCUCCCGCUUCGAGAACGACCGCACCAUCUCCUUCAUCCCGCCCGACGGCGAGUUCGAGCUCAUGUCCUACCGUCUCAACACCCACGUCAAGCCCUUGAUAUGGAUUGAGUCAGUGAUUGAGAAGCAUUCCCACAGCCGCAUCGAGUACAUGAUCAAGGCCAAGAGCCAGUUCAAGCGGCGGUCAACAGCCAACAACGUGGAGAUCCACAUCCCUGUGCCCAAUGAUGCCGACUCGCCCAAGUUCAAGACAACGGUGGGGAGCGUCAAGUGGGUCCCUGAAAACAGCGAGAUCGUGUGGUCCAUCAAGUCCUUCCCAAUUACCAGCUCCGGACCCAGUGAGGGGUCAGUGCCCCAGCCCUGGUGCAGGGGCUCCUGGGGAAGCACUGGAAGGCCUGCCAAGCCCGCUGGAAGGAGGACACCCCGACACCGGCCACCACCCCGGCUCUGCCGGGAGACCCCUCCUUCUCCGGACAUGCCUGCUCUGCCGUCUCCACACUUGUCUCCAAAGCCCCUUCUUCCAGAAGAGGCUCGUCUUCCAGGUGUCCUGUCUCUGUGCCCCAGCCCUUCCUGGGGAGGGAAGCGAAGUCUUUGCCCAGAGGCCACGCGCAGCCUCGGGGCCGAGUCCCGGCACCAGGAACAUGAGGAACUCGCCAGGCUCCUGCGGGGCACGGUUCUGCCUUCUUGCCGUUCUGUUGGCCUGUGUUUGAUGAGUGUCUCUGGGGUUUUGUCUUCUUCCUCGUUGCUGUUUACGUGACCCUGGCUGUCUGCUCCUGCUCCUCGUCCUGAAGCACUCAGGCAGCACUUAGUGGGGACAGGAGCCUCCCCGGCCUCCUUCCACAGUGCGCACCCUCCACUGGGGCCAGAACCCCAGCACUUUGGGCCCGUGGGGCUCCUGGCCUGGACCCACAGGCUUCGGUGAGGUGCCUCCCCAGGGCCAGCUGUGCCACACAGCGCUGUCGCUCAGCCGCAUCAGUGUUUGUCCCACCUGGGAGGGGGUGCAGUGAGGGCCCUGGCUCAGGGCACAGGUCAUCCAUGUCUGUGCUUGGUCACCCCUCCCCUGUCUGUGUUUGUGUCAUAAUUAGAUUAAAUUUCAUUAAUUAA